CAUGGUUUAACAAUGGCAGGCCACUCGCAUUUCGGGAACAUCCAACAUCGGAAAGGGCGGCAGGACAAGAAGAAAUCCAAGUUCUUCACGAAAAGUAUCCGGGAAAUCACGGUAGCAGCGAAAAUGGGUGCGCCAGAUCCAAGUUCGAAUCCGCGUCUGAGGCACGCCAUUCUGGAAGCGAGGAAAGUAAACAUGCCGAAAGAAAAGAUAGAUGCCGCCAUCAAAAAAGCCUUGGGUAACGCUGCUAUGGAAAAUUACGAGGAGGUCCACUACGAAGCGUACGGCCCUGGCGGUACCGCGUUAAUGAUCAAGGUGCAAACGGAAAACAAGAAUCGAGUUGUGGCUUUUAUACGAAAAGUCUUCAACCGCCGCGGCGGACAACUCAGUGAAGCGGGCAGCGUGAAGCAUCUCUUCGACCAAGUGGGUCUAAUUGUCUACAGGACGAACGCGACCAAAUUCGACGAUAUCUACGAGUUGGCCACCGACCUGGACGUCAUCGAUGUCGAGGAGGACGCCGACGAAGGGAUCGCGGAGAUCACCUGCGACGUCAAGCAGUUCGGGAUCGUCAGGGACGCCCUCAUCAAGAAGCUGGGAGAUCCGGAGUUGGCCCGCCUCUCGUUCAUCCCUAAGAACGUACUGGAGAUCACCGAUAAAGAACUCGUUGGAAAAAUUACGCAGCUUAUGGAUGACCUCGAUGAUAUUGACGAAGUCCAAUACGUCGAGACGAAUUUUACUCUGCCUAAAGAAUAAUUUCUGUUUGUGUCAUGGACCCUUCGACAGAAAUAUUCACGGAAAAAAGUGUUAGAGGUUAUCCCUUAAAUUUCGUCGUUUCCAGGACGAAGGAACGCAACUCCAAUCCAAGGUUGCAAAAUUGAUUCAAACGAUUCAAUUUUCUACAGGAAUGUACCCGCAAAGAUUUGUGAGUUUUCAAAAGUUUUCUGAUUUUUGCGUGAGAUCGGAGGACAAAUCAGUGAAAUUUUUCGGUUAAAAAUGUCCAAGAUUUUCUUGGGAAAAAAGACAUUUCCGAGGGAAAAUUCGGCAACAUUGAAAUAGAGUUACGCACUCUGGUGGAGCAAACGACGAAUUGUGGUACUACCCCUAUUUGUUGGAUGAUCUGAACAUUUUCAAAUAAUUUUGGUAGUACCGCAAUUCCAGUUCGAAUAGUGCCGCAACAUUUGGGAUGGUAACCAAGUUAGUCCUGGUUGUUUUAUGUCUCAUCUAGCCUUGUAUACCCAUUUGUUUUUUGUAUUUUAGUGUGUUUUUAUUGUUGUCUGCAUUCGGGCUAUUGUGUCUCUCGCUCUCUUAUCAAGUUUUUGGGAUACUACCACGAUUCAUUGGAAAAAUGUAAGUUAAGACUCAGCCCCUACCUCUAUUUUUCCUUGUACAGAGCGGCUGAAAAGGAGGUAUUUGGAAAAUCAGAGCAAAUCAUGAAAGAGGGGCAACCAUUUGGGAAGGGGGGGGGGCAUAUCAGAGAAAAGAGUUCGGGAAGUAAAUGAAAAAGAACUACUAACCUCGGAUCAUAAUUGGACGUAGUUAAAUCCAAAAUAAGUAUCUUCAUUGUAACUAAGUUCUCUCCAUGUAUCCUCAUACGUUUCAAGCUCCCAGGAUCCAAGUCAAAAUGAAGAUAGUUCAUGUUGCUUUAAAUUGUUCCAUUUUUUAAACAAAAACUUUUAUCCGAAGUACUGGAUGCAUGCUCGGAAGAAAAGUUUCUCUGCGCAAAGAAGCCUUUGAAAUCUUUAUAGAAUUGAUCUCUUACAUCGAAUAAGUCUUCGGAAUUGUACGCUUAGGGUAGAACAAUUAGGGAAAUAUUAAAAAGUAUGAAAAGACAGCACACAUGUGGGAACACAAGUUUUAGUGUUUCUACUAGCAUGUAGAUAGAGUAUAAGUUAUAUUUAUUGACUGCACUCAAAAUAAGUUAUUUUAUUUGCCAACGAGAAUUCAUCCCUCUAUUCUUAGAGCUAUUACAGUUUAUCUGUCUGUUUUCCUCUUCGCACUUUUGUCCCCUAUGGACAUGUUUGACGGGCCUUCUGUACCUAAAUGUUCGUUUAACACUCCUCUGAGCAGCGGUACCAAUGUCUCCGUUUUGAGAUUUCCGGUACUAAAGUCCCUUUUCCUGGAAAUGUUCUAAUAUUUUGUAGCUAAAUUAACAAAAAAGACAUGGUUUAAAUGCAA